UUCUUAUUUAAUUUUUUGACAUACGAAAUUACGAUCCAUGUGUACCUGACAAGUUUGGUCUACAAGCUUCAUUAAAACAUGUUAUUAAGCCCCUAUGAACCAUAUAAAAAGAAUAAAUAGCUAUACAUACAUAACAUAACAUCACGCCUUUUAUCCCCGAAGGGGAAGGCAGAGGUGCACAUUAUACCACUGUACAAUGUAACACCCACUUUUCACUAUUUAUGUUAUAA